CGCAGCUCCGCGCCACCUCGCCACCUCGCCGCGCUCGCGCCGCCGGGGUCUCUGCCCUCACAACAUAGCCUGCACGCGUCGCUGCGCUAGCGCGAUUCACAUUCCACACAAAAACGUUAUCCCGACAAUUCCCUCGUCCCUCAAACAAGUCGAGCAUUCAAAAACUUUUGACAACUUUUAAUGUGACAUUUCACAUUACCGUACGCAACGGCGUGUAAGCAAACUUUUCUGAGCGGCCUGUUGAGAUUCAUAUUCAGUGUGAUUUGUGAAAUGUUAUGAGUUAUGGAGAUUUUGUGUAUCGGCGAAGUGCUUUUUUCUCGUGAUUGAACAGGAGUGGUAAUUUUUGUGAAGUUUGGAAGGAGUCGGCUGGUUGGCCCCGAGCACAGACGGCGCAGCAUCGAAGAUAUUAAAUACUCCUGUAGAAUAAAAGAUAACAAUGUGGAUCUUCCUCCUGCUCUUCUUGGCGCCAGCGUUGGCGCAGCAGCAGUGGGUGCCAUGCUCCGAACUCAAUGACGACCUGCGAUACCCUUGCCGCUGCCGAGUCCAAGUAGACCGGGCUUUGCAGCUGAGGAUACUGAUGGACUGUGACCGCGUGGUCUUCCCAGGAGACUUCCCCACCUUGCCUUAUGGAGCGCCUAUUAUAUCCUUCAGCCAGCGGUGGGCUGGGCAGCAGACCCUGCCAACUCAGAUUUUCUCAUCCUACGGUCUACCUCUGAGAGAAUUAGACUUCUCUCACAACAGCCUCCGGCGGCUGCCAGACCGUCUGUUGGCUGGAGUGAGAGGGAACAUCACCAGGUUGGCCUUAGCUGACAACCUACUUGGAGACAACCUCAACCCGAUCUUCUCAACCGCAGAGCUCCACAAUCUGCCUGCGUUAGAGGAAUUGGAUCUGAGUGGCAAUAACAUCAGAGGAGUUGAAGAAGGAUUGCUGAUUGGAUGUGAAGUGUUGAAGGUCCUUCGCCUCGACAGAAACAACAUGAAUUCUGUCCCAUCCUCCUCAUUAAAUGGACCCCAGGCGCUGAAAGUUCUCUCACUGCGGGAGAACAGAAUCGCUUUGAUACGGCAGGCGUCGUUCGUAUCGCAAAAGACAUUAGAGGAAAUAGAUUUGCACGGUAACAUGAUAUCGACAAUCGAAGGGGGAGCUUUCAUUGGCUUGAGCUCGCUGCAAAGUCUCGAUCUCGGUCGAAACAGACUCUCCAAGUUUAACAGCGACGUGUUCCAAGGAACCGAGAACUUGGAAAAGUUGGAUCUUUCCGAAAACUUCAUAACGGACUUCCCCACCGUCGCACUCAAAUCGUUCGCAGCUCUCAAACACCUUAAUCUCUCAAGCAACAUGAUCACGAACAUAGACAACAGUCACCUGAGCUCGCUGGUGUCGUUGCAAGUGCUAGACUUGAGCAGGAAUAAUCUCGUCAAGCUGUCACCAGGGACUUUCGUUGGGCUUACUGAGCUGAGUUAUUUGGACGUCGGAGUAAAUUCUCUCCGGACUGUGGAGGACGACGCUUUCGAUGGGCUGACAAGUCUUCAAACUCUGCUUCUACGAGACAACAAUAUUCUCUUAAUCCCCGCGACAGCCUUAUCUCGGUUGCCGAAUUUGGUCUCUGUCCACUUAGGGUUCAACAGAGUAACAGCCCUAUCAAGCGACAUACUCAGAUCCGUUUCUGACAGAAUCACUUCUUUAGUACUUUCAAGAAAUGUUAUAAGAGAAUUGCCCGCAGCAGCUUUUAACCAUUUCAAGACUUUGAACCACUUAGAUCUAUCCGGAAACUUACUCAAUUCCAUAUCAGCUGAAGUAUUCGACGGUUUGGAAGCCUCACUUCAAUUUCUAUCAAUGAGUCAAAAUAGAAUUUUAGGCUUUACCGGGGAACAAUUGAAGUUUGUUAAUUUAUGGUUUUUGGACCUGUCCGACAACCAACUUUCAGAAGUCCCGCCGAAUGCUUUCGAGAGCAUUCCCAGUUUGUCGCAUUUGAACAUGAGUCGCAGUGGACACAUGAGUACUCUCCCUCAAAACGUGUUUCAGCAUAGCCAAGCUUUAUUAACAGUAGACCUUAGUAACAUGGGAUUAAAAGUGCUCCCCGUAAAUUUAUUUUCACGAACUUCUAAUCUGGAACAAAUUUACCUAUCCAAUAACUUUUUGCAAGAGAUAUCCGAAAAUAGCUUCAAAAACCUCAAGAAUCUGACAUAUUUAGAUCUCUCUUAUAAUAAUAUCGUAAAUAUUAGAACCCCAGCUUUUGUAAACGUUAUGUCCAUUCGGUAUUUAUCAUUGAAGGGUAACCAAUUGAACGCUUUCAAAGGAGAAUUUUUCAAUACUGGUACUAGUCUGGAGGUAAUCGAUCUUUCUGAUAAUCAACUGAGCUAUCUAUUCCCAUCUUCAUUCAAGAUUCACCCCCGUCUCCGUGAAAUUAUACUCGCUGACAAUAAGUUUAAUUUCUUCCCUUCAGAACUUAUAAGUACUUUACAGUAUCUCGAGUUGGUGGAUUUGUCUGGUAAUGCCUUGAAAAACGUUGAUGAGCUCGACUUUGCUAGGCUUCCGAAACUUAGAACAAUUUUGCUGUCACGAAACGAACUCGAAACAAUAAGCGAAAUGGCUUUCCAUAACUCGACUCAGAUACAGUACUUGGAUCUGUCGAAUAAUAAAAUCGAUCGGCUUGGCGACAGGCUCUUUGAAGGACUUAUAAGGUUAGAAAUGUUAAAUUUAGGAGCAAAUUCAUUAAAUGAAUUGCCAGAUAACAUUUUCGACAGAUCUAGGCUGCAUAUGUUAGAAAAAAUUGUACUUAGCAAAAAUAUGUUUGAGCAGGCACCGUUAAAGGCUUUACAAAAACAAUAUUUCUUUGUAUCGUCUGUCGAUUUGUCUCGAAACCAAAUUGUCGAUAUACCCGCAGAAGACAGCGUGAUGGUGAAUAUAAAGAAAUUGGAUCUUUCCUUCAAUCCUCUAUCAAAAAAAACAAUCAGCAAUGUACUUACUGAACCGAAAACCGUCAGAGAUUUAAAUCUUGCUGGAACAGGCAUGACUGAAGUUGGCCAGUUAGAAACUCCAUUCUUAUAUAAUUUGAAUUUAUCAUACAACAACAUUACCAAACUCUCUGAAAAGACUUUUUCCAGAACAACACUUUUGGAAUCGUUAGACGUUUCAAAUAACCAGAUUUCCGAUGUUUCUGGAGCUCUUUCUAUUUCAUUGCCCAAACUGAAGAAUUUACAACGUUUAAAUAUUUCUAGUAAUCCCAUAACAGCCAUUGUUGAUGGUAACUUUGAAGGUCUGUCGUCACUGCGAGUUUUGGACAUGAGAUAUUUCAACAUGUGUACAAGAAUAGAGAAAAAUGCGUUUAGAGCAUUGCCUAAUCUAGUAGAAAUACGUGCUUAUGGGUAUCCUAGACUGGGAUACUUUGACGUUCAAGGUACUCUGCAAUAUUUGCUUGCUCUAGAAAAAUUAGAUGUUGAAGUAAAAGAUACGACGAUUGGAUCAGAUCAGCUACAUUCGAUUUUACAUCCACGUCUUGAAGAGUUAGGUGUCAGAGGGUUGCGGUUGAAGACAGUGUCUGCUGGUGUGCUUGCGGGUUUAAAAGCUCCCGCCAUUACUGUUAGAUUCCGCAACACAUCUGUCACAAAUUUACCACCGGCUCUAUUGUUCCCAUUACCGAGGUCUUCUCAAAUAACAAUCGAUGUUGCUGGAAGUCAACUGACAACUUUACAACCUCAAUUACUAGUUGCUCUCGACGACCGUCGCGCAGAUUUGUCGAUGUCUGGCCUUGAAACUAAUCCUAUUCGCUGUGACUGCAACGCAAGAGCAUUACGAAGGUGGCUUCCAAACGUAGGCAUUGAAGAUGUCCGCUGUGACGCGCCCGAUCAUUUAUCAGGCUUCUUACUGGUUGAGAUAGGUGACGAUGAAUUGUCCUGUGACACAAGGCGCAGGACUACAGCCACAUCACCUUCUAGUAGCAUCAGUACUACUGUGCCACCACGUCUAGUUCACCGUACUUCAGCGGAGCCUGAUAUAAUUUGGUCAGUGGCGCCGUCCCACGAGAGGCCUAAAGUGACUGGGGAGCCUAAAGGUGCUCCGGUCGUCGGGGUAGCGUCGUCGACUAACGAUGAUAACUUGAUUAUUGGGAUCGUGGGUGGCGUCGUAGCGUUUAUAGCGAUAUUGAUUGUAGCGAUAUGUAUAGUGAGGUUGAGGAUGACGACGACGUCGUACAGAGGGGGUCCGAUGGCGAACAGUCCCGCGGGCGCGACGCCGCUGUGGGGCGCGGCGUGGCCGGGGUACGCAGCCACGUUGCCCCCGGCGUCGCUAUCUACUGCCACUUUGCCCCAUAAGGUGCAGUCGGGCCCCGGCUCCGUGAGAUAUUUAGCCCCGCCGCCCCCGGCUCCCUACUUUAUCAGUUUGCCACCGCAUGAUGAUAAAAUUUAUCGGUAGGCACAUAACAAUAAACUUAGGUUAGAAUUCUAUGCCAGGAAUUAUGUAAAUAGUACUUGUACUAAGUUUAUACUCGUCUGGAUAUUUAUAUCGUUGUAGAUAUUACUAAAAUUCUGAACAAAUACGUUUUAAUAAUGACUGUCCCUCUGUAUUUAUCGUAGUAAUUGUGCGCCGUAGAUAGACAACGAAAGCUCGGGCUAGGUUGGAUUUAUCUAGUCACCAGUGACAGACUAAGUAAAUAUUCCAUUAGAACUAUAGGUACCUAUUAUAUUGUGACAGAUUUAUUGUGGUUUCUAACUAUGUAAAUGCUUCAGUCUAGACUUGACGUAAUGAUAAAGCUAUGUAUUGAUAGAACGAUGUGAAAACAACAAUGCUUGCCGUGUUUAGUAAAAAGAAAAUGUUUGAAAAGAUUUGUAAAAUAUUUUAUUUAUUUGCGUAUCAUUACUAAGUUAAGUUGAAUGAUAAUACGAAUUUGUGAGGUAGGGACAAGUUUUAUUGAAUAAAAUAUUUCUAAGAUUUUUAAA